AUGCGUCACCAGGGCGAGAGAGAGAGAGAGGGAGUCAAAGGGUGAGAAAUACAAAAGCGCAGAAUCCAGAUUCCCUUUCCGUGACAGUCUGUCUCCGCACUCGUGGCCCUUCUCCUUCCUCUCUUUCACUACUAUUCUCUCUCUCUCUCUCUCUAGAUUUUUCCAUCUCCCUCCGAGGGAUCGACCGAGCAAGUUUUCUCUCUCUCUCUCUCUUUUUCACUUCCAUGGCUUCCUUGAUCGAAUCCGGUUGGCAGUAUCUUGUAACACAUUUUAGCGACUUCCAAUUGGCAUGCAUUGGGAGUUUUGUUCUCCAUGAAAGCGUGUUUUUCUUGUCCGGGCUUCCCUUCAUAUAUCUAGAAAGGGCUGGAUUGCUGAGCAAAUACAAAAUUCAGACAAAAAAUAACAGCCCUGCAGCUCAGGAAAAAUGUAUAACGCGCUUGCUGCUCUAUCAUUUCUGUGUAAAUUUGCCAUUGAUGAUGGUCUCCUAUCCUGUCUUCAAAUUCAUGGGCAUGCAGAGCAGUCUUCCCCUGCCGUCCUGGAAAGUCGUGUCUGCCCAGAUACUCUUCUACUUCAUCAUUGAGGAUUUUGUGUUCUAUUGGGGACACCGAAUCUUGCACACAAAAUGGCUGUAUAAGCACGUGCACAGUGUACAUCAUGAAUAUGCUACACCAUUUGGUUUGACAUCCGAAUAUGCCCAUCCCGCUGAGAUUCUAUUCCUGGGUUUUGCGACUAUCGUCGGUCCUGCUCUCACUGGUCCCCACCUGGUAACUCUAUGGUUGUGGAUGAUGCUCAGAGUUCUUGAGACGGUUGAGGCACAUUGUGGUUAUCAUUUCCCAUGGAGCCCCUCAAAUUUUCUUCCUCUCUAUGGAGGUGCUGACUUCCAUGAUUAUCAUCACCGGCUGCUCUACACAAAGUCUGGCAACUAUUCGUCAACUUUCAUCUACAUGGACUGGAUUUUUGGUACCGACAAGGGUUACAGAAAACUGAAAGCUCUAAAGAACCAGGGCGAUGAAUCCGACAUCAAGCAAACGUGAGAUGAAAAAUUUCGGACUCGAAGCUUCAUGCAAUUCGAUAGUUGUUUUUCCUCGGAUCCGUUGGCAUCUCGGGAGAGGUUAUUAUCCUCUUCUCCCUUUUUUUUUUGUUGUUGUGUAGUUUCUGCAUUGUCUAGAAUCGUUACUUUGUCACAAUGUGGUAUGGCCGGAAUGAUUUCUUCUAAACUGUCGGGUGAUUUAUCCAUGCGAAUAGAUAAGUUACCGUGUUUGCGAAUCUA